UCUAGGGUUUGGCUCUACAAACACUCAAUCCAACUCUCUUUUCGGAGCAAAUAAACCUGCUGGCUUUGGUGCUACAACGUCUAGCGGUGGUCUAUUCGGAAGUAAUACAGCAACUUCGGGUGGUUUUGGAAGCGGAGGUGGAGGCUUCGGCUCCUCUGGAACAACUGGUGGAUUCGGCAGUACUACAAACACAGGAACCAGUGCUUUUGGGCAGAACAAACCUAGUGCGUUUGGGGCCACGGCAAACACUACUGGUACAGGUACUUUCGGGAGCGGAGGCGGUUUCGGCUCCAACACAGGCACUGGUUUCGGGGCUAGCACUGGGACUGCCUUCAGUGGCCAGAUUCCACCAUCAGAUGGAACAGCUGGCACUCCUUUCAACCCUGUGACUGAGAAAGAUCCUACCAGCAAUACGAACAACGUCUACCAGAGCAUUUCCUACAUGCAGCCCUAUCAACGUUAUUCUUUUGAAGAACUACGCUUAGCAGACUAUCAAAGUGGACGCCGAUACGCAAACGCAAGCGGACAAGCAGGCGCAUUUGGCUCCUCAGCUUUUGGGACAGGCUUUAAUACACAGAAUACAGGAUUCGGGUCUGGCGGUGGUUUUGGAGCUACUACAAGUGCACCGUCUGGUUUCGGUGGGCAAGCCCAAACUCAAACCGCUGGAGGAUUUGGAUCCAGUACAACACCCUCCACUUCAUUAUUUGGAGCAGCAAAGCCGGCGAAUUCUCUAUUCGGAAGUACUGCCAACAACACAACUCAAUCUACUCUUUUCGGCGGAAACACAGCGACAUCGGGCACCUUUGGACAAACUGCUAAUACUAGCGGUGGAUUUGGAACCGGUGGUUCUCUCUUCGGAAACAAUCAACAGACUCAACAACAGCAACAAAAUAAGAGCCUAUUCGGUGGCAAUACCACUGGCACUGGCUUUGGAGGUGGUGGAUUUGGAUCUACCAGUGCCACGACUGCCAGUAAUCCAUUCGGUGGCACUUCUACUGCCUCUGGCUUUGGAUCCCAACAACAGACUGGCGCUGGCACUGGCGCUGGCACUGGCACCUCAGCUUUCGGCGGCUUUGGCGCUCAAACCCAGAAUCAGAAUCAGGCUAAGCCAGGUGGGCUCUUUAGCGGUGGACUCGCAACUGGAAAUCAACCACAACAAACGUCAACGGGCUUGUUCGGCAAUACAAACCCUGGGUCAUCACUUUUUGGGCUAAAUAACCAACCGCAGCAAGGCACCACAUCACUUUUCGGAAACCAAAACCAACAGUCGACUGGCACUGGGCUAUUCGGUGGAACUCAGCAGCAGGAACAAAAGCCUGGUGGGUUGUUCGGAAGUCAGAAUACCGGUACUGCAACCAAUACUGGCUCCACCUUUGGUGGCUUUGGAGGUGCUCAAAACACCCAAACUGGUGGCACCACGAGCUUGUUUGGCAACAACCAGGCACAGCAACAGCAACAACAGAAGCCUGGUGGGCUGUUCGGAGGAAGUGGUGGAGGUUCACUCUUCGGACAGACUAAUACAGCUCAGAACACCGGCUCAUUAUUCGGAGGCCAGUCCCAACAACAGCCAUCAACUGGUUUUGGCACAGGAAGUAUGUUUUCUUCCAGUCAACAGAAUCAACAACAGCCAGCACAGCAACAGCCAGCUCCCGGCAGUUUCCAAGCGUCUCUCCUCGAUGGUAAUCCUUACGGCAACCAAUCUAUCUUUUCCGGUCUCCCCGUGCCAAAUGCACCCAGUCCGGGCCCUUUGGCAACUCCUCUAUCAGCUAGCAUGAAGCAAAAGCAACGCACCCCUCUUCCGAUUUACAAAAUUACGCCAAAUGCUGCUAAUCGUCUCAUCACGCCGCCACGCCGCCAAGGCUACGGGUUUUCUUACUCCACAUACGGAUCACCAUCAAGUGCAUCCAGUGUUUCUAGUCUCACAGGAAGCCUUCUCGGCAAUGGCAGUGUCCGUGGAGGUAAUGUUAAUGGCAGUUUGGGACGUAGUUUCGGCAAGAGCUUUUCUACAAGCAACCUUCGGAAGUCUUUUGAUCCUGAUGCCGACAGUGUCUUGACCCCAGGUGCCCUCACUGGCUCGACUUCUCGCUAUUCUAGUGGGAGCCUUAAGCGGUUGACAAUUGAUCGUAGCUUGAGAAACGAUCUAUUUCAGCGACCGACUAGUUCUACUCCUCCAAUCACCAACGGAGAUCAAGGUUCCCAGUCUACUGAUAAACACAAAAAGCGUGUCAGUUUUAGUGCCCCGGCAGAUGGAGCCGUCGUACGUACUGAAACAGAAAUCUCUGAGCCUACCGCAGAAGAGAUUGGCUUUCUAAAGUCAAUUCGUAAGAGCGAAACACCAAACGGCGCGAGUAGUUCAGCGGCACAAAAAACUUCCACCCGGCCCGAAAUGGAGCAAGUACGCGGUAAUGAACUUGCUGUUGUUCCCGAACACGCUGGCUUGACUGCAAAUGGUGCUUUAUCAUCUGCACCAACAGUUGACCCUAAGCCAGGCGAAUACUGGAUGAAACCAUCACGCGCUGAACUGAGCAAAAUGAGCCGUGAGCAGCUGAAGCAUGUUGAAGGUUUCACUGUUGGUCGUCAAGGGUGUGGUCAAGUUACUUUUGACAGGCCUGUUGAUCUGAACACAGUCGAUCUCGACAGUCUGUUUGGCAUAAUUGUGCAGAUUGGAGUGCGAUCAAUCACUGUCUAUCCUGACGACCGCUCCAAGCCUCCUCUGGGCAAAGGCCUGAAUGUACCUUCUACUUUGCGCAUCGAAAAUUCCUGGCCGCGUGGACGUGAUCAGAAGUCGCCGUCUUCCCCGACUACUGGCCCACUACUUGAGAAGCAUAUUCAGCGUCUUCGCAGAAUUACUAAUACCGAAUUCGUGAGAUAUGAGAAGGAUACCGGGAUAUGGGUCUUCCGUGUUCCUCAUUUCACCACAUAUGGGCUUGAUUAUGAUGAUGACGAAGAAGGUGAGAGUUUCAACCAAAGCACGUUGAGUGCUGGUCCUGACACCCCGACUCCGAAGGCUCGAUCUCCAGCAGCUCGUGGCUCCACAGAAAACACCUUUAAUUCCGAAAUGAACUCGACAUUUUCACUCGACGAAUCAUUUGUUGGGUCUGUGGCAGGGGUUGAGGACGAUACUUUUGAUUUCAAGAAACGUAAGAUGGUACCAGGAGCUUUCGGUGAUCAGAUGUUUCAAGCCGAGGAGGAGGGUGCGAACUCGGGGGAAGAAGAUGGCGAAGGGUCUUUUUUAGAGGAUGGCUCCACGGGUUCAGUUGUUGAACGUGAUGCUGAAGAUGAUAUUACUGAAAGCAUUGGCUCAGUAACUGGGUCUAUUGAGGAUGAAGAUAUGGUGAUGGCGGGCACCUUUCCGAUACCUCAUCAAACCGUGGAGCAUGAAGAUACUACCCGUACCGGUUUUUCAAUCAACGAUUUCGGCUCGGACUCCUUGCGAUUAGGAACCCCAUCAAAGCCUCGUCUUGAUUUAAGUGGAGAUUGGGCUCAGCAAUUACAGCGGACCAUCAGUCCUCGAAAGCAGGAUCGCGAAACUUUACGAGUUAGGCAAGCCGAGGCCUACGUGGACAAAAACCAACAAAUUGAUGGCAUACAACAUCCGAAAGAAGCCAUGGCCAGCCCAUCCAAGGGCUUCACAUCGAGUAUUGACAUGAUGCAAUCUCUGUUCUCGCAACCCAACAAAAAUAUCAAAUCGCCUGGAAAGAAGCAAAAAGAGCAGUUGAAAGCUUUUGAGUUGCCACAUUCGAAGACACCCAAGACAUUCGCUAGCAGUUCUAACGAGUUGUCUGCGAACGAUGAUGCUUUUCAUCACACCCACAAGCCUCGAUGGGGACCAAGAGAUUCUCUAGUCACGAUCAACGAGGAUUCCGGCAAUUUGCCUUCGGUCUCGAAUGGAUUCUGGUCUACAGGCGUGUCCUUGGAUGGAGUCCGAGUUUUUUCAUUUCGGGAAACGCCGAAGUCCAUCGAUAUUCUAGAAGCUCAACGCCGUCAAUCUUCUAUCCGGUUGAUCGAUGGUAUUCCGUUUGCUCGCAAUGACAAAUCCGAUAUUCAGUCAUUUAUUCAAUCGUCGACUGGGUCUUCUUCUCAGGCUAGACAUGAGCGGUUUAUUUGGCAGCUCACGAGUAUCCUUUUCAAUGACGAUAUCGAAGAUGAUAUAUCUGCGGGUGUCCCACCACAGCUUCGGAAGAAAUUUCUUCACCGUAUUAAAAAAGAUCGUCUCAGUCGUGUUUGGGAAAAUUUAGUUCGAGAGAAAUACGGCCAAGACCUAGACAGUAUUGAAAUCCCUGAAGAACGCGCGUUUGCAUUUCUCACUUUUCACCGGAUUGAAGAUGCCUGCAAUGCCCUUGUAGAAAGUGGAAAUCUGCAUCUGGCGACAAUGCUGGCGCAAAUUGGCAGGGACAAAACUAGCCGCAUUGAUAUGCAAAAACAGGUUGAGUCUUGGCGUCAGCAUAAUGUUUACUCUGAGAUCAACGAGCCUAUCCGUGCGUUGUACGAACUCCUUGCAGGUAACACUCAUCGUUCUGUGGGUCGUCCUUCAGGAGCGCCGGAAGACCGAGCUUCUACUUUUACCUUUUCAGAACGGUUUGAGCUGGAUUGGAUCCAAGCCUUUGGUCUACGACUGUGGUACGGCAUUGCAGAGGAUGAGCCCAUUGAAGCUGCUGUAUCACUGUUCUUGCAUGAUCUAGCUACUGGUGAAGAACCAGCUUAUCCGAUUCCAGCACACUUCGAAGCCGAGUAUGGAAAUGUACGCCACAGUUCCUUGAGUUCAAAUCAAGAAUCCCCUCUCUGGGUUUUGUUGAAAGUUUACGCGGCCGCCGUUGGUGGCCCUGCCGUUGCUGAGUUGAAGAUAAAUCUGCCGGAAGCUGUGCUGCCUGAGGCGGUAUCUGGCAAUAAAUUAACGUCACGCCUUUCUUUCCAGCUGCACCAGGUGGUUACUUCGCUUGUCGGAAUGAAUGAUCACAUUAUCCUGAACAAAAGUCGUGCUGAUCAAUUGACUUGGAGCUACGCAUGGGAACUGAUUGCUUCUGGUGCAAUGGAACCGGCUCUCUUCGUUUUGCUUCACCUUUCCCGCGCAACAGACCGAGAACAUGGCCUUAAGGAAACCCUUGGCCAAUUCGCGGCCACUUUACCAAGACCUACUAUGGCUGAUGGUAAAGCAGAUGCUGGGUGGACAUAUCUUGUAGAUGAUCUCAAAAUACCUGAGUCGUGGGUUUGGGUUGCAAAGGCUCUCUUUUCCAGGUACAGCGGCGACUAUGCUAAUGAGGUGGGCUAUCUCAUACGAGCCAAGAAUUGGAAUGAGGCGCACACUACUUUCUGUCGUAUAGUGGGACCACGAACCGUCAUUGAACGAGAUUGGAAUAUCCUUCGACAGCUACUUAAUGGUUUUGGAGACUCACCGGAACGAAAGGUGCGUGGAUGGAGCGGUGGUGGCGCUGUGUAUGAAGACUUCUUGCGCCUCGUGACUGCCCAAAGCCAUCGUGAACAGGGCGUCCUGAAGCGUUUGAUUGGGUCUCUAGUCAUCAUGGGGGAUAAAAUUAAAAAAACGCCUGGUGCUGAGGUACUGGAAGAACGUGUUGCUUUCAUGGAGAUGAGUCGGAUUGUAGCGGGUUGGUGUGCACGAGAGGAUGAUGGUGUCGAUUUAUCUGCUGUUCUCAAACUGCCUCUUACUGGGGAUGCAAGAGUUAUGCAUACUGCUGAAAUUAGUCGUCGAUACUACAGCAUGGUGAUGGCUAGUGCUAAUUAAGCAUGGUAGUGUACUUCUCUGGAUACCACUCUCCGUUCUCGAUUGAUUAGCAACGAUAGACUGCCAGUGCAAGGACAUCCCGAG